AUGUCAGAACAAUCAUCCCAGUCAACAAGAACUUAUCCUUCUAUUGAUGGAGGAUGGAUUAAAGAUGUACCAAGAUUAUCUAAAACUAUAGGAGCUAUAUUAGGUGUAUUCUUAUUUUUGGGUGUAUUCUUUUAUCAAUAUACUUCACCAUUCUUUGCAUUAAAUGCUGCUAGAGUUGGACCACCAGAAUUUAAGCUUUGGACUCUAUUUACUGCUGGAUUCUAUGACUAUUCAAUCAUUGGUGGUAUUUUGAAUAUUAUAUUAUUAAUGAUAUUUGGUAAACAAUUUGAACCUAUUUGGGGAAGUACAGAGUUUAUGAAAUUCAUAUCGAUUGUAAAUAUAUUCUCUGGACUAUGUGUAUUUUUAUAUUUUAUCUUUUAUUACUCUAUUACUGGUCAAUCUAGUGUUUUAUAUGAAGCCAAUAGUUGUGGAUUUAGUGGAGUUAUUGCUGGAUUUACUGUUGUUCUUAAACAAUUAUUCCCAGAGCAAAUAAUUCCUAUCUUUUUUGGUGUUAAUAUUCGUGCAAAGCAUUUGCCAUCAAUCUAUGUUUUGAUUACAUUGGUUUUUAUGGUUAUUGGUCUCUAUUCAAGAUCUUCUCAUUUUGUCAUAUUUGGAACCAUUGUAUCUUGGAUUUAUCUAAGAUUCUACCAACGAAAAGGAAGGGAAAAUGUUAGGGGUGAUAGAAAUGAAUCAUUUUCUUUUGCCACUUUCUUUCCUGAACCAUUACAUAAUAAUAAUAAUCAAAGAUUAAUUCUCUCUCCCUGA